GGUCGUAUAGAUUCACUGGAACAUACUAAGGCCGCUUUGAUGCAAUCAUUUGCCUUACUCGGUGAUGAUGACGUUUGGAAUGUAUAUAAGUAUGGAAAUUCACUGGAUGCCUCAUUGGCAUAUUGAUAUUGACAUUGUCGACCAGACAGUGACAUGCAGGCUUUGCAAGUAAUAAGGUUGAAAGGUAAAGACUAUACCGAUUCACUCAUAGGGAAAGCUGUUACAUUGGCCUAAGCCAGCACGUGUUUCAAAGCGAAGCAAAAGCAUUACUUCGAAUCCAUACCGGAACAGCUGAAAGCUCCCGCAACACGAAGCGUAUCAAUAAAGGAUAGCCAAAGUAAUGAACGGCAGUUCCGCGGUGUUCGCUCACGGUUCUUGAGCCACUCAGUACAGUUCGUGUUCUCUCAGGAUUAACUUGGAAGUGCUUCUUCGGAUUCACACUUUUGAAUAGGAAACUUUGGUGAACCACUUUGGCUGGAAUAGGAAACUCUGGUGAAUCACUUUGGAAUAGCUAACUGUCGAAAUGUCUUCGUAUAACAGUGCAACCCCCAAUGCGGGGGCUUUUAACGUGACGUUAUUUGAUCCAACGCAGGAACCCCUUACUCUGCCUUUGAGCAACCGAACCAACGCUACAAAGUGCCCGGGUUACACUCUUUACGAAGGAUACUGUUCCGUGGAGGAAUUUGAAGCUGUUAUAAACGAAUACAUUCGACCAGGCGCUUUUAUUUACGUUUUAAUAGUCUUAUACAUCAUUGUUUUCAUCGUCGGUCUCGUUGGGAACUUUUUAGUCUGUUUUGCUGUUUGGAGGAACCCUCAUAUGAGGACAGUGACCAAUUACUUCAUUGUGAAUUUAGCGGUGGCGGAUUUCAUGGUCAUUCUCUUCUGUCUUACCCCUACCCUUCUCGAGGAUGUGCGACACACGUGGUACUUCGGAGCUAUCCUCUGCAGAAUACUGAAAUAUCUUCAGCAAAUCUCCGUCUCCGUCUCCGUACUUACCCUGAGCUGCAUCUCCAUUGAACGAUGGUACGCCAUUUGUUACCCGCUCAGUUUCAAGAGCACUCCAACGAGAGCGCGCACAGCUAUCAUCCUUAUAUGGAUGAUUUCUCUUUCCAUUAUGGUACCGGAGGUCGUCAUAAUGGAACAUACAACAAGAUAUGCCUUCAUGACAUUAUUAACGAAGUGUAAGCCGACUGGUUGGUCGAAUCAGAGUGAACUUAUAUUUUGGGUACUUCUCAUGGUGUGUCUUUACGCUGGGCCGCUUGUUCUUAUGGCCGUGUGUUACUCGAUGAUCGCCCGCUGUCUCUGGAGCAAUGCAAUUCCAGGCGUAACAAGUGGAGGUUCUUGUCAACAGAACCACGACAGCAGGCCGAGCACAGUGGCGUCUACUGCUGCCGAGAACCAACUCCUAUCAAGGCGGAAGGCUGCAAAGAUGCUGAUAGCUGUUGUUGUCAUGUUUGCAGUGUGUUACUUCCCAGUAUUUCUCCUAACUAUACUAAGUCAAGCAAGGGCAUUUGGUUCAAGGCCUCACUCAAGUCUCAAGGCGAUAUUUCUCAUCUCCCACUGGUUGUGUUAUUUCAACAGUGCGAUUAAUCCGGUCAUUUACAACUUCAUGAGCGCUAAGUUCCGUAAGGAGUUUGGGAUGGCGUGUUCCUGUUGUGCGAGGCUGUGCUCAAAAGCCGAUCCAAGGAGGAGACGCGGUGAUAGUAUGUACACGUACAAAUACACUAACAGCAUCAGUCAGACAGAACAAAUCAGUUUGAGUACCACUGCGGUGACAAAAACGCACAAUUGAUCAGAGUGAGGCCAGUGACGUCAUCGAUUAAUGGCCAUGUGACCAAUUGCCAAAAUGGACACUCAAACGCGCGAACGUGUUUGAUAGAUUUAGUGAUUGUUCAUUGUGUAGAACGAACAUAGCUCUGUCUGUAUUUUGCUGUAGUUUCUAUACUGUAUAGGUUUUAUAGGGGACUUUAACGGGAUGUACAUACUACCUAGUAUUAAUACCACGAUAAAAGAUACGUGUUUGUCAAAGAAACAAAUUCCGAUAUUUUUAUGCUACACUGAUGCUGAGCGAGAUCUAAAAGCGCACAUUUAUAUUUGCUGCUUCAAUGUUCCUGCGAGUGCAAAACUGAAAUUUGCCCGACUUUAAAUAAUAUAGCCUCUGUAAUACAUAUCGAUUGAAGUGCAUUCAAUCGAAUCACUGGAUACUGUACAACCUGCCUGCCUGCAAAAUAGUAUUGUCGACGUUAAUAGUAACAAAGAAUAGAUCAUGACAGCCCCGGGAGGCAGCCACUUCUGUGCAACGAACUGUGAUAUCGAGCACGAGCACUAAAAGUGAAACGAAUUCGUUUUGGCUUGAUCGACUACUCAGCUUCACAUGUAAAUGAACUGCUCUGUACUACUGCUCCGGCUACAGAAAAAAGUGGUCUCCAGUUUGUUGGAAACACCACUCUCUAUCGAUCCUAACAAAUUGUUGUCCAUAUUUCAGCUUCUAACUGAUUUGUCCCGUCUGACCAAGCUGAUGCUUAAUACGUUCUGCGUGUAAAACUCCUCCUUAAUUCCUUUAAAUUUAGAUAUCAUUUCCGCCCACAAGCAUGUUUUCAUGUAGCCAUCCAUGCAGACAACCUUCUUUGUGGUAUGUGGCUCCUCUGUGCACCAUACAGAGCCAGCUUCAGUUUUGCAUUUAACGGGAACGCUUGAAGCUGCAUCUUUCCUGUCGCUUGCGCAUGUGCCACCUACAUCCAAAUGAUCGAACCACAAUGUUAUCUUGGCAAUUAUGUGGUGCUGUUUGUGGAAGAAGCCUCAUCCUGAUCAACAGAUCGAUGCUCUGUGUCUGGUAUGUUUAGAAAUGGUGCUAGUGAUCUAAUGCAUUGUGACCGAACUACUAAACAGGAUGUAUACGAAAUCGGUAACGGUCCACAUCAUGCAUAUUAGCUUUCAUAAAAUUAGCAAGUCAAUUUGAUCAAAAUCGAACUCGGAGCGUAAGGUGGCAAAUUGAGUUGUUAAAGGCCUUGGGGUCUAUGGGGAGGAACCAUAUGAAGGCAGUACUGUGAGGAACUUUAUUAAAGGUAGGCGGCAUUAGUUAGUAGUCCGAAACACGAUAUCUAGCCCAGUCAAAAUUUCACUCAAAAGUAUCUGUUCUGUAUUGGAUCAAUAAAUAGUACUGCCAUCAAGUUUGGAUUAAAGAUCGAAGAUCCAAUCUACAUUUGUCUACUUGCUGCCAUCUUUUUGCAAGAAAGUUCCUCAUUUCAUGUAAAUUUUUCCUCUCAUCGGCCGUGGUAAGCCAGGGCUUUACAGGUCUCUACAACAGUCUUGGCACGGUACAUCUAGACUUCAGCAUGAUUUUUGCUACAUCCUGUAUUUUACGUCUGAAUGUUUUGUAGAUUUGGUAUUAACAUCUAUCUAUGCCAGCAAUAUUGUGGAGAAUGUUGUUAGUAGCAGAUGAGAUUAUACACGUUCUUGUUAUUAAUAAAGAAAUAUGGACUGUUACUGUAUAUUAUUAUAAAGUUUAUAUCAUAAGACAUAUUAUUGCGAGCUUCUUGCCAAGCACAAAGUCCAGGCAUAUUAUCAAAAUUUAGAAAAGGUUUAUAGCAAUUUUCUAUCAAUUCGAUAAGUAAUUUCCAACACAUUCAUCAUUAGCGUUGACUAUUCACGGUUCAUGCGCUAUUGUUAAUUUACUCUCUGUCUCAACAGGGUGACUCUGAAAGAACUUCUGAUUUCAUUGGACAAAAUCGCCGACUUGGUAUUCGAUUGUGUAUAAUCAUAGUACCAGAUAUUACUUCCAGUUACAGGAGCUUUUAAGGAGAGUUCACAAUCCUAGUUCUACAUACUUGCGGUCAUGUUUGAAUCGAAUCGUAAUUUCUUUGUUUUCUACCUGGGAUACCCAUUUUCCUAAUUAUCAUGUUUGGUGUAUAUUGUUGAAAACUUACUUCGUUCGAUAGCUGGUCAUAAACAUGUCCGUGUAAACAGGCCCGGGUUGUUCAAAAAACAAACUUGGCGUUGAGUUUUAAUUUUGGGGAUGUUGAGUUUACCAUUCUCUAACCAAAGGAGACAACGCCACGUUAACGUUAACGCCAAGUUAGUGAAGGCUAACCUGUUUUGAACAAUCAGGCCCAUAUAUCAAAAACAUUUUGUAUUCCGCUUCUGUUUGUAUUCGUUAUCAUGUUCGUGGCGAAUAACAUAAUGUUCGAAUGAUACUAGAUGUGUGAUACGUCAGCUGGAGAAACAUAACUUUAUCGACACGCCUCCUUCUCCAUACGUUGUCUCCUCUUCUUGCUCUUCUGAUAGAUGAAUUGAACAUUGCAAAGAGUAGGGAUUUUCCCGUAUGAUUCCUGUCAUCAUGCCUGUCAUUUCAGACGUCCCCAUAGUAUAAAGCUUUACUUUGGUAUAAGGAGCUAGAAGAACUUAUAGAUUCGUACGUUUUUCGAACAUACACUGUUAUCAGUUGUAGGCCAGUUGUAGGCCUAUCAUAAAAUUCUGUAAUCAUAAAACAAGUGUACGUGUAUUGUUUAAAUUGUACGUCAUCGUGUUAUAAUCAGAGAUAAUAAAAGUUUGUCGUUUCUUAA